AUGAUUUUUCAAGCUUUACUAGUUCUCCUACUCUGCGUCUGUCAAACUCAAGCUGAUGGAGAAAAAACUCUGAAAAUUGACGUUUUUCCCGGUUAUGGUUGGGAUGACUUACGGUUUCUCGACAUGAAUCCAGUGUAUGAUAUAUCGAAUUUCAACGAUUCUCGAGUAUUCCAGUCAUGUGUUGAAAUCAUCCCGAUUCGUCAAAAUAGGAUUUCAUUAGGAUCGGAAUUGAUCGAUGUCUUCGACUCGCGAACAACUGAUUAUUCAUCGAAUCUGAUGAUCAGUUCGAAAGGCGGCUAUCUAACGUUUCGAAUCGGUGGUUCUUAUUCAUCGGAAUAUCAGAAUGUAAAACGACAGCAAGGCGAAGAGCAAACGAUAACUCUUCGCAAUCAAAUUGAUUACCUCAUGGUUGAAGUCUUACUCAAAUCAUCAUGUCCACUGAAUCCACAAAUGAAAUACGAUCUCAUGGAAAUAUCGACAUAUUUAGAAAAUGAACAAACAGAAAUGGCUACAUACGCUGCACAGAUGUUUGUAAGAAACUAUGGAACUCAUGUGACCAAUCGUAUACAUUUAGGUGGCUCACUUAUCGAAGAGGAUUUCAUCUACAAUAGUAACUAUCAAUUCAACGAAGAGACUAAACGUAGUUAUCAUGCCGCGGCUGAAGCAUCAUUCUUUAGCACGUUCAGUAUAUCCGGAAAAUUCGCGUAUAGUUCAACAUCGAUCGAUAAUAGUACCGAAGGUUUGAAAAAGACUAUCAAACGCAGAAUGAUACAAACGAAAGGCGGCAAAGUAUCUUUACUAGAAAAUUCGAUGAACACUUGGCAAGCAACAGUUGAAACUGAUCCGGUUAUUGUUCGACGUGCGGUAGAGAAUAUAACAAUCAACAUUGUUUCAAAUAAAAUUCCCGAACUGUCCGAAACUGCAUUGCUACGUGUGCGCGAGAAGAUUGCUCAAGCUAUUGACACGUAUGUUCAAAUGAAUGUGUGCGGCGGAUGUAUGAACCGAAGUUCACCAUCGUUCAAUUGGAUUGCUAAUGUCGAUGAUAGUUCUUGUGCACCGGCUGAAACGAAUGCUCAGUUUGGAGGUUUUAUUCGUACUUGCACUGAAGAUCGACGUUUAGCACAGAGAUGCGGCCAAUAUAAUAUGAAGAAUUUCUACACACAAACGUUUGAAUGUCCAUCUGGUUUCAAUCAAUAUCUUAUUCAUCAAUCAGUUCAAACGGAAACUGUUUAUAGAGAAGAAUGUCGACGUUGCGACCUGUACACAAGACGGUGCUGCAAAGAUAUUCCCGAUGGCGUUGGUCGACGUGAAAUAAAAUUAUUUCUUUGCAAUAGCAAAACUAUGCUACGCGAUUCAUUAUCAGGACUUCUAUCGGUUUCUAACAGAUAUGUAUACGGUGGUUCGUAUACAUCAGUACGAGCGAAUCCAAUCACUGGGAUGCAUAAGUGUCCCAACGAUCAAUUUAAAGCAGUUCAAGUGACUUCCGAUUUAAUAGUAUGUUUAGCCGAUCAAGUAUUUGAUACGAGAAAUUUACCUCAUUAUGGCGGCAUGUUUUCAUGCUCCCAAGGAAACGUAAUACUUCCUUCGGCAGCAAAACAAUGUCUACAUGGUUAUAGUUCAUAUGUUAUGGGUGCUAUUGAAAAUGAUUGUCCUCUAUAUGUAUGUUUAAAGUUCGACAAGAUGCCAGAGAUGCAAAAGUUGCCAUCGAUUAUUUUGCCACCAUUCUAUCCUAUUUCGACGAAGAAUCAAACAAAAGUAGUCAUCAGUCGAACGAAUACGAUCGAUUCGCAGAGCGAAACUUCGACCCCAUCCACACGGAAAAGUGAUCAUACCACAUUGGGUCUUUCAAUCGCAGGCUUGGUCGUCGCGUUAAUCACAACUAUUGCAUUCAUCAUUUUUCGUAUUCGAAGAAGUGCACGUUAUAAUAGCCUCUAG